AUGGACGCCUUCUCACUGCUGGCGGCGCCACUGGCGGGCGCCGAGGCGGGGCCCGACCCCUCCCGCCUCAUCAGCUUCUUCGCGCAGGAAAUGCAGCUCUUCUUCCAGCACAUCCAGGCCGCAGUGGUGCAGUACAACGGCACGGGCGAGCUGCCGCCCAGCCUGUUCAAAUCCAGGCAGGUCAAGUCCCUGGAGAAGCAAGCCGGCGGCAAGCGCAAGAAGAGCAAGCGCAAGCCCACGGCCUUCAACAUGUACAUGGCGGACAAGAUGAAGGAGUACAAGGAGAAGGGGGUCAAGGCAGAGGGGGAGGGGCGCAACCCGCUGUUCACCAAGGCCGCAAACGAGUGGAAGACGCUGAGCGGCGACCAGAAGGCGGCGCUGCAGGCCAAGUAUGCACCCAUCAUUGCGGCGAUGAAGGAGGAGGGGGAGGGCGUGGAGGUGCCGGGGGACUCUGAGGGCAGCGACAGCGACAGCGAGGAGAGCGAGGAGAGCGAGGACGAGGACGAGGACGAGGAGGAGGAGGCGCAGCACCCGCUGCCAAAGGUGAACGGCGGCUACGCGGAUGCCUCCCCCAAGAAGAAGAAGAGCAAGCACUGAGGGGCGAGUGGCGAGCGGGCCGCCGAGAGACGGCUGCAUUGCCCCAACCUUGCUGGGCCGGCGCUGACGGCGCUGUGUGCCAGCUGGGCCGACUUUCACUUUUUGCCUUGGAGAUGACGAUGACCCAGACCCUGACUGUUGCGUCUUUGCACAGACUUUCCCCGGCUGGCUGCCAUGCCAUGCUGCCUGACCCUCCCCUGCGCCAUACGCGCCGAUCUUUCUAGCCGUCUCGUUUUGUUUGAACAUGAAGUUCGCCACCUGUGCACUUGCCGCCACCUGUUGCAUGUCAUUUGUCCCCAGCACCUGCCUUUACAGUAUCACAUGAGCAGACGAGCUUGCAAAUUGGCCUCAGCCA